UCUGAUCCUACUCUGAACAAUGGCAACAUUCCCCAACCAAACAACCAUCAAACAAAUAGCAUUCCCCUACCAAACAACCGUCAAACAAAUAGCAUUCCUCUACCAAACAGGUCCAACAAUUCUACCCAGCAGCCUAACCGUUCUACAUCAAAUCCUCCUCAUUCUCUUCUUACUCCUCCUCCUCAUCCUCCAUCUCCUCCUCCAUGCUUCCAAACCAGUGCUAAUUCAAGAAACCCAAGUACCCAGCCACGUCCUCAACCACAUCAAUUCCAACCCUGGAACCAUGGAGACUUUCGAUUAAUGUGGGUGCCAGAUGACCCAACCUUCCCACCCCAAACCUUCCUUUAAGCAUACCCCUCAGUACUGCUACACCCAUCACGUCAGAAUAAAUAAGAUGUCGAAUUCCUCCGCUACCGCUGAUGCCUCUGCUGCCGCAGCCUCUGAUGUCACUACAGCCCCAUGCAAUGCCCCAUCUACCACCCCAUGCAAUGCCUCUGCAACUGAUACCGCUACCAUUGAUGCCUCCGCUACAACUGACACCUCUGCCACAGCCUCUGAUGCCACUGCCGCCCCAACCGCAGCUGCCAACAAUGCAGAGAUAGCCGGAGCAAUCUUCAGAGAGGGUAGAGUAUUCAAACCUGUCACCCUAGAGAAUCUUGCCAAAAUGCCCAGAGGAGUACAGAUCAAUUUACGCUAUGCGAAACGUGUAACCAGUAUAAAUGGUGAGGGAAUAACUGCUGAAUUAGAAAGAGAGUAUGACUAUGCACGUUGUUUCAUGCCCAAAAUGUAUAUCAACACAGUGUUCAAAAGAGUGGGGGAAGAUCCAGUUGAUAUGACUGGGUAUAGUGUUAUUAUACGCGAAGUUUUACCUUUGAAAAAUCGUAAUCGUACACAUACAUUGGAAUUUUUCAAAAAUGGAAUUCUAUGUUCCGAAGCCUAA